AUGUAUUGUUUUGCGAUUUAUUGUUAAAAGGAUGAAAGCAUGUCUUCAAGGCUGGUCAUACAUAAUUUACUGUUACAUAUUUCAUAGUAAUACUUAAAUUCAUUCAACAUUCUCAGAGCGGACGGUCAAAGUUUAUAAUGUCAAAAAGUUCAUUUUCAUAGCACCGAAUAAAAUAUAAUGCCUCACAAAAUUCUAAAUGAGAGUAGGCUGAUCUGCUUAAGUAGCUUAUAUAACAUGACGACAUUUUAGCUUUACCCUUUUGUGUAAAUCCAUUAGCUGAUUGAUUGGAGCCCUUGAUCGUCGACAAAGAGGCAUUUCAUGUAUUAUGUAAACUCUUUGUGCCAUUAAAGAUUUUGAGUGCAAUUUAAAUGUGUGUAAAUAAAUGCAAACACUCACUCAGGAUUUACUCCUCCCUCAGUGAAUAGGGGAAGCAUCAGUAGAUGGACUCACAUACAUAAUUGGGAGUUUUAACGGAAACGGUCACAAUCAUGACAACAUCCUCCAGAAAAAAGAACAGCUUUGACGUAUUCCCUCUGAACAAAACCCGUGUGGUAACAUGGCUGACAAACGUGCUGCUAUUUAAGCCUGGGCCCUUAGAUUGGGAUAAAUUUUCAUGGAUUUGCAGUCCUAAAGCAGUUCUUUGUUUUAUAGGGAUGGCCAUCACGGUGGGCAACCUUUUGGCUGUUAUUGCACUUCAAAGGGGGCCAGAUCAUGAUGACGAUGGUCCAGAAGGUUAUGAAGGAGGGUCAGAGAAUAACGAAGGAUGUCCUAUGCCUCCGCCACCACCUCCAGAAUUCGAGGGGGGCAAUCACACUGGCAAACCAAGUGUCGUCGUAGAUCUCGCUCUGGGAUCUUUUCGUUUCGUUGGUUUUGUCGUCAAUCUAACGAUACGAAUUGGUGCAGUGGUAGCAUUUUCUAAGGUGCGACAAGUUCUCCAUUGCCUCCAAACCAAGGACAAGACACACCCUGAGGGGAAGCAUCACUGGCGUAGCAGUUGGGAGAGAUGGACGGUACACGAAAAACUUUAUCUCUGCAUCAUGGCAAUAUCAUUGGCCUCGAGAGAAAUACUUAGUUCCGGGCCCCACUUCCUUCGUUUGAUAUCUCCAUGCCGGAGACGUGCCUGGAUUUCUGAAAUAUUGGAGUUCAUCCAGGUCCAGAGCAUGUGCAUAUGGUCGUUGGAGUUGGUUUUGGAAGUGGCGACCUUUUUGCUCCUCGCCUUCAUGGGCACCUUCACCCACUCUCUAGAAUUGGAGGUGGAGUGUCGACAGAGGGAGAUGACCAAGAAGGCGGAUGCCGGGCCCUUGGCCGUUCAUCUCGAGGAGCUGCUAUUGAUCCAGACCCACAGUCGCAAGAAAGGUCCUGGUUGGCCACUGGCUCGACCCGUGGCAGACGUCACCACCAAGACCCACGCGGCCUCCUCUCUGGAGAACGACCCCAUUCGUGGUGAAAUGGAGCGUCUACUCCACUCGUACUUCGACAUGGUUGCAGUUUGGGGUCACGUUGCGGACUGCACCGGGUUCUUAACUCUGGUCAUUUUUACGGAGCACACCCUCUCAUUCUGCCUCAACAUCUUCAUGAUCAUUGCCACCUUGUCUCGCUUUGGAAUGCAAGCAAAUUUCUUUGUUAGCGUCACGACAGCCUCCAUUAUCAUUUCAAAAAUGAUUUGUGUCGCAUACAUGGCACAAAGGUUACCGGAUGCAACGACGAAACUGGCUGACCGAGUGCAGGAGCUGAGCUGGAAAAGAAAGGACGUUGUGUCUGAGGAAGAUGACGACGAAAACGACAACCUGACACAAAUUAUAGACUACGUGAGGAGCCAUCCACUCACAUUGUCUGGGUUGGGAUAUUUCACCGUAUCGAAAGCCACACUUACAUCGAUUUCGGGAGUGGUCGUGACUUAUUUGGUAGUUUUGGUUCAGUUUCAUGUGCAAACAUUGCAACAGAAGGGAGAAAAGGGUGCAUAAGUACGUAGGGAUGGUUACUUUACGUAACCUUGAAGAAAUAAAUUCUUCAGCUCAUUGGAGAAUUAAUAAUGAUCAGUUAUCACCAUAGUUGUUAAUUUUGAGCAUGAUCUGAUAAUCACUGAUGAUAAGGUAUGAUUGACAAGAUCUAAUAAGGGAGACACCGAGUAAACCAACCUUGAUAAGAACGUAUUUAUAUAUACAGUCAUUUUACCAAUAAACAAUAUGCUUAAUUAAGCAUAUUAGGAUUAAAAUUAUCUUGAAAGUAAAAGUAAUAAAAAACAUUAGGUGACAAUC